CCUCGGCUUAAAAACGGAGUUAUUUAGCGGCUGGAACAAGAAGAGACACAUUUUCGAUACGGGAAAAAAAAGACAAGCAAGAUUUUUAUUAUCUCACUUCAUUUCACGGUGGAUUUUUUCUUAAAUUGCAGCAAAUUAAUUCUUGGGGAUUAUUGUUGGAUCUUUAUAUAUUUUAAGGGAUUUUACUACUUUGAGGCUGCUGUUUAACUUUAGCAGGCAGCAGGUUGGUGUUUCACAAUGAAGCUGACAGGAAUAUUUUUGUUAUUGAUGCUUUGGACCUGCGAGAGUGCCAGGGUCGCAGAAAGUCGAGACGACAACAGCGUGUACGACUUGUUUGAGCUCAUCCAAGUCCCCAGUAAGAACCACGGAGUUACCCUGGUCAAAGGAGACGAUCCAUACAGCCCCGCCUACAAGAUCCUCGAUCCGGACCUGAUCCCCCCGGUCCCCGAUAGCUCCUUAAGGGACCUGAUCGAUACCAUUAAUGCCGAGAGAGGUUUCCUCCUCCUGCUCAACUUCAAGCAAUUUAAGCGGACCAGAGGAAGCCUUCUUACCGUGGAGAAGCGGGACGGCACCGGACCCGUGUUUGAGAUCGUCUCCAACGGCAAGGCGAACACCUUGGACAUAGUUUACUCCACCGAAAACAAGCAACAGGUGGUUUCCAUCGAAGAAGUGGAUCUGGCUACGGGUCACUGGAAGAAUAUCACGCUGUUCGUGCAGGAGGACCGGGCGCAGCUGUACGCGGGAUGCGAGGAGGUGAACACCGCCGAGCUGGAUGCGCCGAUUCAAAGCAUCCUGACGCAGGAGACCCCGGCUGGCGCGCAGCUCAGGGUUGGCAAGGGAGCGGUGAAGGACAGGUUCAUGGGGGUGCUACAGAACGUACGGUUUGUGUUUGGAACAACACUGGACGCUAUCCUCCGCAACAAAGGAUGCCAAAGCUCUAGCACAAGUGACACCAUGAUUCUAAAGAAUCUGAACGGCUCCUCAGCCAUCAGGACAGAGUACACUGGACACAAGACUAAAGACCUGCAGAUGGUCUGUGGCUUCUCCUGUGAGGAUCUGAUCAGCAUGUUUAAGGAGCUGAAGGGUCUUGGUGUGGUUGUCAAGGAGCUCUCUAAUGAACUCCGUCAGGUGACGAAUGAGAACAAGCUGAUUAAAACCCGCUUUGGCAACGACAGUGGCGUCUGCAUCCACAACGGUAUUGUACGCAAGAACAGAGACGAGUGGACCGUCGACGACUGCACCGAGUGUACUUGUCAGAACUCUGCUACUGUGUGCCGCAAGAUUUCCUGCCCUCUGAUCCCCUGUGCCAACGCCACUGUUCCCGAUGGAGAGUGCUGCCCACGCUGUGGAACACCGAGCGACUCUGCAGAGGACGGCUGGUCGCCGUGGUCUGAAUGGACCCAUUGUUCCGUGUCUUGUGGGCGGGGCAUCCAGCAGCGUGGGCGUUCUUGUGACCGUAUCAAUAACAACUGCGAGGGCACCUCUGUGCAGACCCGCGACUGCUACCUCCAGGAGUGUGACAAACGCUUCAAGCAAGACGGCAGCUGGAGUCAUUGGUCACCCUGGUCUUCCUGCUCCGUCACCUGUGGCGAUGGUGUCAUCACCAGGAUCCGCCUCUGCAACUCCCCCACCCCUCAGCUUGGAGGCAAAGAAUGCGUGGGAGACGGCCGGGAAACUGAAAAAUGCCAGAAAUCUCCGUGUCCCAUCAAUGGUAACUGGGGACCCUGGUCGCCCUGGGAUUUGUGCACUCUCACCUGCGGGGGUGGCAUCCAGACUCGUAAGCGUCUGUGUAACAAUCCAGCUGCACAGCAUGGUGGUAAAGAGUGUAUUGGUGAUGCCAUAGACAGACAGAUGUGCAACAAAAAAGCCUGCCCAAUUGAUGGGUGCUUGUCCAACCCCUGCUUCUCUGGAGCCAAGUGCACCAGUUUUCCCAAUGGUUCCUGGAAGUGUGGGAAGUGUCCAGUUGGCUACUUUGGGAACGGCAUCAAGUGCAAAGAUGUUGAUGAGUGCAAGGAAGUCCCAGAUGCUUGCUUUGAGUUUAAUGGUGUCCAUCGCUGUGAGAAUACCGAUCCAGGUUACAACUGUCUGCCCUGCCCUCCCCGUUACUCAGGACCCCAGCCAUUCGGCCGUGGUGUGGAGCAAGCUGCUGCUAAUAAACAGGUGUGCACACCCCGUAAUCCCUGCCUUGACGGAAGCCACGAGUGCAACAAAAACGCCCGCUGCAACUAUCUGGGACACUUUUCUGAUCCCAUGUAUCGCUGUGAGUGCAAGCCUGGAUAUGCUGGCAAUGGUCAUAUAUGUGGAGAGGACACAGAUCUGGAUGGAUGGCCCAAUUCUGAUCUGGUGUGUGUGGAGAAUGCUACCUACCACUGCAAAAAGGACAACUGCCCCAACCUUCCAAACUCAGGGCAAGAAGAUUAUGAUAAGGACGGAAUUGGAGAUGCUUGUGACGAUGAUGAUGACAACGAUGGCAUCCCUGAUGACAGGGACAACUGCCCAUUCAUUUACAAUCCCCGGCAGUACGACUACGACCGUGAUGACGUGGGUGACCGCUGUGACAACUGUCCUUACAAUAGUAACCCCGAUCAGACAGACACAGACAACAACGGAGAAGGCGAUGCCUGUACUGUGGACAUUGAUGGAGAUGGAAUACUGAAUGAGAAGGACAACUGCCCCUAUGUAUACAAUGUUGACCAGAGAGACACAGAUCUGGACGGAGUGGGAGACAUGUGCGAUAACUGUCCUCUAGAACAUAAUCCCGAUCAGGUGGAUUCAGAUGAUGACCGUGUGGGAGACAAGUGUGACAGUAAUCAGGACAUUGAUGAGGACGGACAUCAAAAUAAUCUGGACAACUGUCCCUACAUCCCCAAUGCCAACCAGGCCGACCACGACAAGGACGGAAAGGGAGAUGUUUGUGACCAUGACGACGACAACGAUGGCAUCCCAGAUGAGAAAGACAACUGCAGAUUGGUCUUUAAUCCUGAUCAGCUGGACUCUAAUGGUGAUGGCCGUGGAGAUGCUUGCAAAGAAGAUUUUGAUCAAGACAACGUUCCUGACAUCUAUGAUGUUUGUCCUGAAAACUUUGAUAUUAGUGAAACAGACUUUCGCAAGUUCCAAAUGGUUCCUCUGGAUCCAAAAGGCACCUCUCAGAUUGAUCCUAACUGGGUGGUCCGCCAUCAGGGCAAAGAGCUGGUUCAGACCGUCAACUGCGAUCCCGGCAUUGCUGUUGGUUACCAUGAGUUUAAUGCAGUGGACUUCAGUGGGACUUUCUUCAUCAACACGGAGAGGGAUGACGAUUAUGCCGGCUUUGUGUUUGGCUACCAAUCCAGCUCCAGGUUUUAUGUGGUUAUGUGGAAGCAGAUCACUCAGACCUACUGGUCAAAUAAACCAACCAAGGCUCAGGGCUACUCAGGCCUGUCCAUUAAAGUAGUUAACUCCACCACCGGCCCAGGAGAACACCUCAGAAAUGCUCUCUGGCACACAGGCAACACCCCAGGACAGGUCCGCACUCUGUGGCACGACCCAAAGAAUGUUGGAUGGAAGGACUUCACUGCCUACAGAUGGCAUCUGACCCACAGACCGAGAACAGGACAUAUUCGAGUUGUGAUGUAUGAGGGUAAGAAGAUCAUGGCUGACUCAGGUAGCAUCUACGACAAGACAUAUGCAGGUGGCAGGCUAGGUCUUUUUGUCUUCUCACAAGAGAUGGUAUACUUUUCAGACCUCAAUUAUGAAUGCAGAGAUGCAUAAAUGGGCAGCGCAGAAAUCUCUGAGGAAUGCACCUUUUUUGUAAAAAAAGUAAGAACUUAUAUAUCCUCCUGGAAAGUCCAGGAGCCGAUUUAUCUCCGCAACGCUUUCUUCUGUGGCACGCACACUCGGACGGGGCGAAGGGCAUGUGGUCACCCUCAGCGUAACUUGAAGUUGGUUUGGGCAGAGCGCCAACCAGCUGACUGCCAGUUGAGGAUCACAGAGCAGGGAGAGCUGGAGGGGGAAAAAAAGAUACAUAAAGCAAGCCCUGUGGCUUUGCAAGUAGGACACCAACACCUUUCUGUCCCAGCUCUGCCUGCUUUCCAGCUCCCUGAAAGACCUCAUUCUUCUCUGAGCGAGAACGGUUCCUCAUAGAAAACUGUGCACUUCCAAGCCUUUACAUCUCUCUCUGUCUUUCUUUUUCACCUCUUCAACCUGUGUGCCUUUCUACCUAACUUUCUGGACGGACAUCCCAAAGAGAAAAAAAGAAAAUAUUCCUUUUUCUUCACUAGAUUGGCCAGGAUGUAGUUUGUAAAAAUGGUACAACUCAAAGGAUGAAGAUAGCAUUAGCAUUUUAAAUGAUUGUUUUUCUUGUUAAGGACUUGUGUCUUAAAAAAAACUGUUGGAAGUGGACUGAGUCAGAAACAAGAGGAACAUCAUGUAGAUUUACAUGUUCACAAAUGUACUGUGUGUGGAAGACUAGCCAUGAAUGACACAAAGUUCUUUUACUCGCCUACCUAAGAAUCUCUGAGGAGAGGAAAAAUUCAGUUUAGGUUAACUCUAGUUUACAAGAAUCAUGAGCUUUGCUGAUGUCUGGUUUUUCACUCAGGAUUAGCUGGAAGUGAUGAUCUUCCAAUAUCAAAGCAAUAUGAAAUAUAUCUGGAUUAUCUACUACAAAAUUACCAGAGCCUGUGAACACAAAGCCAGGAUGCUUCAACAUGAUUCCCCACAUCGCAUCACAGCCUUGGUCAUCAAAGAGCUUUAUCUCCCUCAACCUUUGAGGAUUUCACUAUAAAAUGAUGUAAAUACAUCAAAUUUAUUGACUCUUGCCUACAAUGUAGGCAAUAAACAACAUUUUAAUACAUUGAAAAAUAAAGACAUUUUUCUAAUCACAGUAUCUUUGCCACAGUAAAAAACCAAAAUCAGGUACAGACUGUUGUCAGAUGCAGGAUGCUCAGAGUCCAUCACCUCCUGUUCAGCAAAGUGAAAUAGGCAUUUUCAGAUGAGGCUUUUUAAUAUCAAGUAUGUAACUUGUGCACCUUUCCUACAGAGAGAGAUGGAAAAACAAAGGAAAUCUUUGAUGUACAAAUAUUACCUCAUUGCUGUUCAUAAUCUGAUCAAAAAGAAAGAAACAACUUAAGUCUUUGUUUUUCGUAUUCCUUUGAAAUGACAUGCGUCUUAGCGCUACUGUAGCAUGAGCUGUAAAUAGUAAAGACAUUUCAUGUAGAAGAACACAUCAGAGAUCCUGGUCCUGUAAGGCACCCCAGUGAAAAUGGGAGAAUUCUUUUUUUUUUUUUUUUCCUUUACCAUGUAUGUCCAAUGCAGUUUUUCAGCAGAUAAAUUAUUGUUCUGUUUUGUCUUAGCUGUUUGUGAGAAGUUGAUGUGUGUGUGCAUGUGUGUAGAUAAAUGCUAUUUAAAUAAUUUAUCAGGAUCUGUCGCCUUACAAAAGGGGACAGUCCAUCUGUAUAAACGGUUUGCACACUGACAUGAGGAUGUUCUGUUCUUUAUCCUUUUUACUUUUUUUGGUAAUUGUAUCUCAAUGUUACUAUUAUUUUUGUACAAUUAGUUUUGCUUGUCUGUAAACAUUUUCUUAGUUGUACAAAGCAAAAAAAAAAUGCUGUUUUUAUUCAUAGCAACUAUUUUGUUACAUACUUAAAGAAAAUAAAUUGUUAAAACUC